AUGAUUAUCACAUGAAAAGUAGCAGUAGAUAUUUUUGAGUUGAAUUUUACAACAAAAUGUCAUAAACUCACUGUAUAUUUGUGCCAGAAAUCGUCGUGAUGCACGACGCAUACGAGGCAAUAUCACUUCUUGAAAAACUACCAUUAAAGAUCGAAUCCAUAACGUGCCAUGAUGACAUUUUACUUGUUGGUACAAAGGAGAGCCACUUGUUACAGUAUAGAAUCAGAAGAAAAUCUGGAGCAGCUGGUGAAUCAAAAUUUGAUGUACAAUUGGAAAGAUCAAAUAAAAAUUUUGCCAAAAAGCCAAUAACACAGCUGUCUGCUGUUCCACAACUCCAUAUUCUAAUUAGUCUGUCAGAUAAUAUAGUCAGUGUCCAUGAUCUGAUGACCUUUAACCUCAUCACAUGUAUCAACAAAACCAGAGGAGCAAACUUGUUUGCUUUGGAUGUGCAGACUCAAAAGAGUUUAAGUGGAGAAGAAAAUCAUGUGUUGAGAAUGUGUGUCUCUGUCAAAAGAAAACUGCAAGUGAGCUUCUGGAAAAACAGGAAUUUUCAAGAUCUGACUGAGAUGAACUUAUAUGAUAUACCUAGAUGUAUGUGUUGGUGUAAAGAAUCUAUAUGUGUUGGAUUUAGAAGAGAUUAUUUUCUAGUUAAAAUAAACUCAGGCGAUAUCAAGGAGUUAUUUCCCCUUGGCAACACUCAACAUGAACCUGUGAUAACUAAAGUAGCAAAUGAUAGAUUAAUGUUAGGACGUGAUAACAUGUCAAUACUAAUAGACUCUGAAGGCCAGCCGACACAGAAAAAUCCUAUUAACUGGAGUGGAAUUCCAACACAAAUAGAAAACAAUCCUCCAUAUAUAAUUGGCAUUCUUCCAAAGUUUAUUGAAGUUAGAACUAUAGAGACUAAAUUGUUAAUACAACAGAAGGAACUGCAACAUGCAAAAUUUAUAUGCCAAGGGAGUGGUAGCAUUUAUGUAGCUUCUAUAAAUUUUAUAUGGAGGAUUUGUCCAAUGCCAAUAUCUUAUCAGAUAAGACAGUUGUUAGAAAACCAUGAAUUUGAACUGGCUUUACGUUUAGCUGAAAUGACAGAAGAUCAGGAUGAAGAAAAACAGAAGAGAAUACAUAGUAUAAAGAAUUUGUAUGCCUUUGAUUUGUUUUGUCAACAUAGAUUUGAAGAAUCAAUGCACAUAUUUGUUAAACUUGGCACAGAUCCGUCACAUGUUAUUGGACUGUAUCCCAACUUGUUACCUCAGGAAUUCAGGAAACAGUUAGAAUAUCCUAAAAAACUUCCAGAUUUAGAAGGAGGGGAGUUAGAAAAAGCUUUAUCAGCACUGCAGGAUUACCUCACUCAAAAAAGGAAUGAACUACUUAGUGACAUUUCAAAAGAAUCAAACAAAGAACUGAGUACUAUUGCUAUAAAAGAAGGCAACACUACAAUCAAAUCUAAGAAACAACUGAGUCAAAUCAUUGAUACAACUUUACUGAAAUGCUACAUUCAGACAAAUGAUGCUUUGGUGGCACCUUUGUUAAGAUUGAAAGACAAUUGCUGCCACGUGGAUGAGUGUGAAAAAAUACUCAAGAAAAAAGAAAAAUUCAGUGAACUUAUCAUUCUCUAUGAAAAGAAAGGACUUCACGAAAAGGCUUUACAUUUAUUGAUGAAACAAGCUGCCAGACCUAACUCUCCUCUCAAAGGCCAUGACAGGACAGUGCAAUAUUUACAGCAUUUAGGUGCUGAUCACUUAAAAUUAAUAUUUGAAUAUGCUGAAUGGGUAUUGAAAGAACAUCCAGAAGAUGGCUUAAAGAUAUUUACUGAAGAUUUACCAGAAGUGGAAACCUUGCCAAGAUUUAAAGUUUUGGAGUAUCUAGAAAAGAUUUCAAAAGACCUUGCCAUUGCUUACUUGGAACACAUAAUUACGGAAUGUGGAGAUGUGACACCUGAAUUUCAUAAUAUGUUGGCUCAGUCACUCAGAGAGAAAGUACAAGUAUUGAUGACAGAAUAUUUACAGUCACUGCCAGAAGGACAUCUACCAUCCAAAGCAGGUCAAGAACCUGACAAGCUAGGGGAAUAUAGAAGAAAGUUAAUAGAAUUCUUAGAGUGUUCUCAAUAUUAUAUGCCAGAAAGACUUCUUACUAGGUUUCCUAUAGAUGGUUUUUAUGAAGAAAGAGCUAUAUUACUGGGUAGAUUAGACAGACAUGAACAAGCAUUAGGAAUUUAUGUUCAUAUUUUAAGAGAUGAUACUCUAGCCAAAAGGUACUGUUUGAAUUAUUUUGACAGAGGGCGCGAAGGAAAUAAAGAUGUGUAUUAUUAUUUAUUAAAAAUGUAUCUUCAACCUCCUCCAUCAUCAUCAUUAGGAAUGUCAGCUAGUCAGGGCAUUAAGCCUCAACAAAAUAUGACAGCAGCCUUCAGACUGUUACAGGAACAUGCCACAAAAAUUGAUGUCUCUAAAACUUUAGAACUUUUACCCACAAGUACUCCUGUUGCUGAAAUUUUGAGAUAUUUAGAAAAAGUAAUGGAACACCAAGCAACAAUAAAGAGAGAUUGCCAAGUGUUAAAAAGUAUGUUAUAUGCUGAAAAUCUCCAGGUUCAUGAACAGAGAAUGUUUUACCAAAAAGCUAAAGUAGUUGUAAAUGAUGAAAAAAUAUGUAAAGUUUGCAAGAAGAGACUCGGAAACAGUGCAUUUGUGAGAUAUCCCAAUGGUGUGAUUGUUCACUAUUAUUGCUGUAAAGAUCCUAAUAAAUGUCCAGAAGAUUGACGACAGAUGGCUAAUCAUAUUAAGCACUUAAGAUUGAAAUGUUUCAGCAUUCUGUUAAUACAAAUCAUUAUAGUUAUAACAGGAUAUGAAAGUACCAAUUAUAGAUGACAUUUUAUGGAUUAUGUAUGCAUAGUAAUUAUCUAUGGUCGAUCAACCAUAACAAAUGUGAUAUAUAUAUUAUUACAUGUUUGGCUUUUAAUGUAUUAUGUAAUAUUUACACUGAUGUAUGAUUCUAUUUAUAAACAAAAAUAUCUUA